CUAUAUAGUUAUCCACCCAUUAGCGUUACUGAAGUAAUCGAGUUUACAGCUGAUUGGCCCGCGUUAGCAAACGUUUUAAGAUGACGUGCAGCUUCGGUGUAGACAGCCUCAAGCCGUUGCUGCGCGACGUGUCGCGAGGCAUCUGCCGCUUCCAGUGUAGACUCGGUGUCAGAAUCGCACUGCUCUCCCUUAAGACGGACCCACCCUUGCUGUCACCGGAGGUUCCCAUUAUACUCCCCCUUCACCCCUCCCCCCAAAAACAAGAACGCACUAGACAAGACGGCUACGUGCUCCGCCGCGACCUCAACAAUAGACUGAAUGCGUACGUAUAUAGGCUGCCAUUUAUUCAGAAAUGAUGUUUUGAUGAAGUGUCUUGGGUUGUUUUCGGCCUACGCGACCGGGAUCGGAUCAAUGGAGACGGAUACGUGUUUAUUACUGUGUAAUACACUUCGUUUUUCUUCGACAAAUAAUGGAUUACCCAGCAUCUGGUUUGAAGAAUGAAGAACCGUACGACGCUGAUAUGAUCUAAACGAUGCGCGUGAUGUCUUGGAUCUCCAAAAGGCUCGAGUAUUGUCAUAUAAAAGACUCAACUGAUUGUUAACGGCUGAUUUUGUACAUCAAACUGAGGGACCAGGACUGCUUAAUGUCGGAUUACAAAGCCCAGCCUUGGUUGUGCUUGCACAGAUGGCGAACACAAGUGAUCCAGUGGGGAGCAACCCCUCGCUCCAGAAUUAUGCCAUCACUGCGUCUGCGGUCAAACUGGCGUCUUUGGGUCUCAUCACCUGCAUCAGUCUGCUCGGGAAUACCGUGCUCUCCGUGUUGGUGCUGAAAGACAGCUCGCUACACAAGGCUCCAUAUUACUUCCUCCUCGACCUGUGCGUGGCAGACAUCAUCCGCUCGGCCGUGUGCUUCCCGUUCGUGAUGAUCUCCAUCAACAGCGGCUCCGUAUGGAGCUACAGCAUCAUCAGCUGCAAGAUCAUCGCGUUCGUGGCCGUCUUGUUCUGCUUCCACAUCGCAUUUCUCCUGUUCUGCGUCAGCGUAACGCGCUACAUGGCCAUCGCGCACCACCGGUUCUACUCCAAACGCAUGACGCUAUGGACAUGCGUCGCGGUGAUUUGUAUGGUGUGGACACUCUCAGUCGCCAUGGCGUUUCCCCCAGUCUUCGACGUCGGAACCUACAAAUUCAUCCGCGAGGAAGAGCAGUGCAUAUUCGAGCACAGAUACGUGAAAGCCAAUGACACGCUGGGCUUCAUGCUCAUGCUGGCCGUUAUUGUGGCCACGACGCACGUCGUGUAUGUCAAAAUGUUGUGUUUUGUUUACGACCACCGUAAAAUGAAACCCGCGCAGCUGGUUCCGGCUAUCAGCCAGAACUGGACCUUCCACGGACCGGGCGCGACGGGCCAGGCCGCUGCUAACUGGAUCGCGGGGUUUGGACGCGGCCCGACGCCGCCGACGUUAGUGGGCAUCAGACAGGCGUCACACAACGCCAACCGGAGGCUGCUCGUGCUGGACGAGUUCAAGAUGGAGAAACGGAUAGGAAAGAUGUACUACAUGAUCACGCUGGCAUUUCUGCUGUUCUGGGCGCCCUACAUUGUCUCGUGCUACAUCCGGGUGUUUGUGAAGGGAAACGCGCUUCCUCAGGUGUACCAGACCGCGGCCGUGUGGUUGACGUUCGCCCAGGCGGGGGCGAAUCCCAUCAUAUGUUUCAUAUUCAAUAAGGAGCUGAGAAUGAGGUUCAAAGCCUGUUUGCCGUGUUGCCUGACUACUGAAACACCCAUGGAGCCCUACUGUGUGAUUUGAAGUGUUUUUCUCACUUGUUUUCACUGGCUCUGCCUGCCUGUCAAACAUACAGUGGCCCCAAAAUGUACAGAAGAGACCUAGGAGUGUUCAAAUCUGUCUCCUGUGUUUAAUAAUCCUAUAUUUUUCUUCUCCAAAAUUAAAGCCGUUUAUGAUUCUAAUACUUCUUCUUCACAAAAAGUGCUGCUUUAACAAGCCACCCUAUAUUGGGAAUGUAACAUUAAUUGAAAAAAAUAACUCACUCACUUACACACACACAUACAUAAAACAUAGACAACUGUUCUGUCAAAAUUAUUUUGCCUUAUAAAUCUUUUAUAUUUUAAAAGGUUUAUAAGGCAAAGACAUUUUUUAAUUAAUGCCAUUAAUAUUUUGCUAUCUAAUGCAAUGGUGUUCAUUCAUCUAACGUGUCCUGAUACUUUUUGGAGCCACUGUAGCAUGUGACAUUUUCCUUCAUUCAGAGGUGAAAUCUCAGAUCUGUUCCAGUGUUGCAUAUCAGAAGAUCCACAUCCACAUUUAUGCAAUCCACAUAUCGAUGUAAAUAAUGUAAAACUAUGAUUUAUUUAUAUUCUGGAGCUCUUUAUAACUGAUAUGUAAUAUAUUUGCUAUGACUUUUUGUGUGAACAGAAUGGCCAGUGGCUUUUUACUAUAACAUGGAGUAAAUGUGAAUAAACCAAGUCCCUCUCACAGUCCCUUUAAAUUGUUAUUGGAAAUUCAUUUUCAAUGGACACAAACAAAUUUGAUGGGUCAGUGUUGAGGAGACUGAUUUGUAUUUUAAUUAAAAUAAAUGAUUAUAAAUG